AACGAAGCGCGCUCACGUUCUCUCGGCGUGUUUGCAAGACGAGCUAUGUGCUGCAGUCCAGGCUCUCUUCAGUGAAGAAAAAAAAAAGACAUCGACAGGUCAUUGUAGUUGCAAAAGUAGCUCCAGUGUGGUUUCGGGCCUCUACUGCCUGCUCAUUCACCACGGAUUCUGGGGCUCCGUUCGCCUGCACGAUGUCCGGUGAUGCGGAAAAGCCUCCGGAGCCGACGGGCAAGGGCAAAUCGGGAGCGCUGGUAGUCAGUUCUCGACAGAAGGGCAACCCGCUGCUCAAAAGCCUGCGGAGCGUGCCGUGGGAGUACGGCGAAAUCGAGCCGGACUACGUCCUGGGCCAGACGACGUGCGCGCUGUACCUCAGUUUGCGCUACCACCAGCUGUUCCCUGGGUACAUCCACAGCCGGCUACGUUCCCUGGGCCGUGCCUUCGAGCUCCGCCUGCUCCUGGUGCAAGUGGACGUGGCGGAUCCCCAUCCUAGUCUUCGCGAGCUCUCGCAGGUGUCCUUGCUGGCUGACUGCACCUUGCUGCUGGCAUGGAGUGCCGAAGAAGCCGGACGCCACCUCGAGACAUACAAGGCGCUCGAGGCGAAGCCUGCCGACGCUCUCAUGGAGAGGCAAGACGGCGACACGUUAUCCAAGCUGACUGACGCUAUCUCCUCGGUGCGGUCCCUGAAUCGACCGGACGCGGUGGCCCUGCUCAGUUCUUUUGGGAGCCUGGAGCGCCUCGCAGCAGCUUCUGAACAGGAGCUGAUCCUGCAGCCGGGCUUGGGGCCCCACAAGGCUCGUCGGCUUCACGAGGUCCUGCACCAGCCAUUUAUGCGCCCCUAGGCCAGCUCCUCGUAAGCCUGCAGUGAAAGGACCGCCCAAGU